UUUGCUCUUGUCACUUGCGCGACUCGGCCGCGGUGUGAAUGCAGUGCAGCGAGGAAAGAAAAUAAUAUUCGCAUAUGCUGCCAGCAGACGAGUUGACCUGACGUCGUCGUCUUCUCUCAUCGGCGAGAGGGGUCCAAGAUGAAGCGCAAGUCUGACAGGGAGAGGAAUGUCAUGGAGGAAGCUGGCGAGGCUAACGGCCUCCUAAUAGAGCAUGGAGAUAUCAAGGGUGACGAGACCAAUAUUGCCAUACUGCUGUUUCUGUACCUGCUGCAGGGAAUACCACUGGGGCUUUGCAGCGCCAUUCCUAUGAUUCUUCAGAACCAUGGAGUGUCGUACAAACAACAGGCUGAAUUCAGUUUUGUAAUAUGGCCAUUUUCCUUGAAGCUACUCUGGGCUCCAAUAGUCGAUUCAGUAUUUAUUUCCAAGUUUGGCAGGAGGAAAACAUGGCUACUACCAGUUCAAUACCUGAUGGGCAUUUUCAUGUUGUAUUUGUCAGGCCAUGUAGAUCGUUGGUUAGGCAACGAGGAAGGCAGUCAAUUGAACAUUGAGCUGUUGACUGUCCUCUUCUUCUUAUUGAAUGUUCUUGCUGCAACGCAAGAUAUUGUUGUAGAUGGCUGGGCUCUAACAAUGUUAAAGAGGUGUAAUGUUGGUUAUGCUUCAACUUGUAACAGCGUUGGACAAACAGCUGGAUUUUUCCUAGGUUACGUACUUUUUAUGGCUUUCGAGUCAGCAGACUUUUGCAAUAAAUACUUAAGAUCAGUGCCCUUGGAGCAGGGAAUGGUUACUUUGCCUGGAUUCUUGUAUUUCUGGGGCUGUGUGUUUGUUGUUGUGACCACACUCAUUGGUAUAUUCAAGCACGAGAAUCCAGAUAAUAGUCCAAAAAGUGAAAAUAUGAAUAUAUCGACAGCAUACCAUCUACUGUGGAGAACAGUAAAAUUACCUAACAUCAAGCUCAUGGUGCUGAUUUUACUAACUGCAAAAAUUGGCUUCUCAGCAAGCGAUGCCGUAACUGGCUUGAAGAUGGUAGAAGCAGGCAUUCCAAAAGAAAAGUUUGCUCUCAUGGCUGUGCCAAUGAUACCUCUGCAAAUUGUCUUGCCAAUAUUCAUAUCCAGAUACACUGCAGGACCCAAGCCAAUGGAUAUUUACUUAAAAGCAAUGCCCUAUAGAUUAAUGUUUGGAUUGGUGGCAGCCUUUCUAGUCUGGAUUACUCCACAGUUUGUACGACAUGGAGAAGUACCUGCAUACUACUUUGUAUUAUUAGUCGUUUUGUAUCUCCUUCAUCAGGUUUGCACAAGUUGUAUGUUUGUCGCGUCAAUGGCUUUCUUUGCAAGAGUUAGUGACCCGGCUGUUGGUGGAACUUAUAUGACCUUCUUGAAUACUUUGUGUAAUCUCGGUGGAAACUGGCCAUCUACAGCAGCGCUAUAUUUUGUUGAUGCUUUAACUUUUAGGCAAUGUAGCAAUGAUCCUACAAAUGACUGUAGUACUGCAGAUGAAAAAGAAACUUGUACGAGAACUGAUGGCGUGUGCAAUAUGCGGCUGGAUGGGUACUAUAUCGAAAGUUUCCUUUGCGUUAUCAUUGGUUAUUUGUGGCUAAGAUGGGGAAGGAGAAAAAUACAACAUUUACAGCACAUGCCAUUGUCCAGUUGGAAAGUAGUUCGGCAAAAACAUUGAGUUGUCCAGGUGACGCUAGGAAAAAAUUAUUUUCUCAAGGUUUCACAUUUGUUGAAACUUGAACUAGAAAAAUUGUAUACAUAUACAUCCGAGAUGGUGUGCAUUGAAUAUGUGGACAUUUGUUUAUACACGCGAUUGUUUGAGGUUGCACAAAAUUUUGUAUCAAGUAUCCUACGAUUUUAAUAGUGCGAUAGGUUUUUGGCACAUUUGAAAUCUUCCAAUCCAGUACUUUCACUCUGUCAAGGAUUUUUUUCUAAUUGCAUUAGAACUGUUGUAAAUAAUCGUUCUGUUGUUAGAUAAUAUACGUCUAACAAAAAAACGCAUACCAACAUUUUGUAGGUAGAGGGAAUUGUUGAGAAUUUUUCCUAGAAAUGUAAGUUUUCUUAUUUACAAUUUAAAGAAAGUUUCUGGUGAAUUGAACACUGUAUUUGCGGAGAUCUGUGAUUAAUCUUUUUAUUGAAAAAUUUUUCUAGACGAUAAUGAAUUUAUUUAUAUGAUUAAAAUUGUUGGCUUGAUUUUGAGUUUUAUUGUUAUUACAGUUAUAUUAAUACUACUGUCAAAAAUAUAAUUAUGGGCAAACAGGACAGAUUGAAUUUGUAUAAAAAUGAGAAUUGGCAGAAAAUGAUCAGCAGCUAUUUAAAUUAAAGAUUAUACAAAUUUCACAAAUGUACAAUAAAAAGACUGUUACAAAAUAGUUUUUUUUUUAUCCAGAUUCAAAUGAAUUUUAAUGAAUGUUGUAAAUACUAGUCUUCUUUAUUCUACUUUUGCAAGGAAUAAAACUGCAAAACACGAUUAAGAUCAUAAUUUAGACUGUAUGCUUUAUUUUCGUAUACCUGAAAUUCACAGUCUUGAUGAAAAUUUUCAGUGAUUUUUCAAUUAGUUAUAAGGUCAUUGGAGUAAAAAAUUGUGCUCACACAUUCCAUUAAAUUAUAUCAUCUAUAGUUUUUUUUUUAAAUAAAGCAUACAGUUGAGAGUUCAACACGAAACCUAAUAAUUCGCUAUAAGUAAUAUACAUAAAUAUAUGAUCAUGUAAAUAUAUGGUGUAAAGUACUGCCCU